AUGUCCACCGCUGCUGUCGCCAACGACGACGACGACGACUGCUACGAGCCCUUGUCGUUCCCGCGCACCGACUGGCCAGCCACCUACUAUUACCCCCGCAUGGCCGAACUGAGUCGGGAGCGGCGGACUCGCUACGCCGCGCGACAGGCGAGCGGCAGGUUCGCCGCUGUGCUCGCCGGCGAUCAGCCACUCGACAGUGUCGACAUGAACGACUUUGACAUGGCGAUCGUCGACGUCGUGCUCGAGCUCAACGACCAGUUCCGCGACGACUGGAUGUGCGAGUCGACCAAGACUGUCGCCAAGUGGCACGCGUGUCUGCGCGAGCUGACCGCCGAGGCUAUCGAAAAGGCACAGGAGCGGCUCGCACAGCUGUCCGACGUGCCGGCGGCAUUCGACGCGUGGUGCGCGCCCGAGCACGCCGCUCAGCUCACAGACCUCGUGAUCGCGUUUUUCGACCAGAUGUGGAGGGGGGGUCUCGACUCGAAAGAGUUUUACCCCGCAGAUCACCGCGCACCGUGGAGCAACGACCUCGAGCUGCUCGUCGCGCGGUACUACCCCAAGGCGUCGGUGGAGCAUCCGAUCAAGUGGAGCGGCACAGAGUAUGAGCCCACGGCUGGCACGGUCGAGAUUGUCGAGUUGGAGUGGGACGGCACGCAAGUCACAACGCGCAGGACCGGCGCUCCCAUUCCGGUGGAAGACGUCGACGCGUACGCCGCGCGCGUCAAAGCCGUGCAAGCCGCACAAGCCGCGGAUGCCGCGGAUGCCGCGGAACCUGCCUCGUGCGACGGCUCGCUACCUAGUCAGAGCGCGUCUGAAUCCGACAGCACAAACUCGCUGCCGCAGUCGGUCACGUCGGGCUCGCCGAGCAGCGACACGGCGGCGGCGGGCGUCAACGGCACCGUGCCGCGACGGCCAGAGAUCGUGCGCAUGGCGGACCUCGACCAGCCGCUCCACAACUCUGACAAGCGUCUCGCAGCUCUGCACCUCGCGCCGGCCGGGCCGCCUGCCGACCGUACCCCUUUGUAA